CCCACGACAGGGGGCAGUCUGCUGGUGAAGGCAGAGGGAUUUAUACACAGCUUGAGAGAGAAAAGCUGCCUGACAGCCUCUACUCAGGGCUCCAAAUACAAUCCAAACACCACAUCUGAAUAGGUGCUACACCACUGAUAUGGCAUUCCUGGAAGGAGUAGUGUUUGCUGUAUUACUUAUAUGUUUGUUAUUUAUUAUCCGGUUAUAUAUUGUUGUCAAGAGUGAACCAAAGUAUAAACCUGGAACCAAAGGUCCGAUAGCUGUUCUUGUCGUUGCAGGAUCAGGUGGUCACACCACAGAGAUCCUGCGGCUGAUGGAGUCCCUGUCUGCAGCCUACGCACCUCGACACUACGUUAUCGCUGAUACUGACAAGAUGAGUGAGGAGAAAAUCUGCACCUUCGAAAGCUCUAAACAACAUUCAGACUCUGAGUCACAGUUCACCAUCUGUCGGAUCCCGCGGAGCCGGGAGGUGCAUCAGUCUUGGAGUUCCUCUGUUGUCAGCACCCUGAACGCUCUGUGGUACUCCCUCCCUCUGGUGUUCAGACUCAGACCUGACAUGGUGCUGUGUAACGGCCCAGGGACUUGUGUUCCCCUGUGUGUGGCAGGACUCCUGCUUGGAAUUCUGGGAAUGAAGAAAGUCCUGAUAGUUUAUGUUGAAAGUAUUUGCCGUGUGCAUUCGCUGUCGCUCUCGGGGAAGAUCCUGUACCCGAUAUCAGAUUAUUUCUUUGUGCAGUGGUCCUCUCUGAGGGACAAAUACCCCAAAUCCAUUUUCCUUGGAAGAAUAGUGUGAAAUUAUCUGUUACAGAUGGGAACAGAGUAUACACAAAUACAGAAUUAUUAAAUAUGUUGUAAUUUUUUUGGUAAUGAGAAUGAAUAAAUAUUGUAUUUUUCUUGUUA